AUGGAAUCAGAUAACUCAUCUGCAAACAAUUCCCCAAACGAUUCCCUAAAAGAAAAAUCACCAAUCCAAGGUUUUUCUAAAGAUGAGUUAGAAGAAAAAAUCAUUGAAACUGAUGAGAAAAUUAAAGAAUUACAAUUUG